GCAGCGAGCGGGUUCCCACUUGCCGAGUCGAUUGCUGAAACGCUGCCGCCUGCGCAUCGAAAUGGCCGGAGGAGGCGUCUCUCCAGCCGCUUUGCUCGACCUCAUCAGUGAGAUCGUUGGGAUUCCGGCGAAUGCCGGAUUGUUCAAGAAGGACUGCGCGGAUCUCGCGCGUCGAGUCUCUCUCCUGAGUCACUUGGUGGAGGACAUUAGGGAUUCUUCGGCGGCUUCGUCUUCGGAAUCUGAAUGGUGGUCUGAUCUCGUGGUGGGACUCCAGGCCGCGAAGCGUCUUCUCUCCUCUGCCGCCGCCUUCCUAGCUCGCGAGCACCCUGACGGGGCUGCCAAGAGAGUCUCCUUCCAGUUCCAAUGUGUGACUUGGAAGCUAGAGAAGGCAUUGGGCAAUCUACCCUUCAAUCAAUAUGAUAUCUCCCAGGAAGUCCGGGAACAGGUGGAACUAGCGAGAUCCCAGUUGAGAAGAGCCAUGCAGAGAUACGGCUCAUUGAAUACGAAAAAGUUCUCUAAUGCCUUAUCUGAGAAAAUGGGCAACAAUGCUUAUAGCAACGUGAAGAGCAAAAUUACGGAAAAGCUGGAGACUGUUCCACAAAGCAUCGAUUCAACUGUUCCCUUCUCUAACGAGAAGAAAUAUGAAUCACCUCGGAAGAGCUCUUCCGUUUCUUUGGCCUUCUAUUUAUCAAAAGAUGCCGAUGAGGAAAGAUUAGAGAAAGCUGUCAACAAGAACACCGACAAUGCAAAGAAAUAUGAUAAACUCACAAUUCCAGAAGAUUUUCUUUGUCCGAUAUCUCUGGAAUUGAUGAGGGAUCCUGUUGCUGUGUUCACUGGACAGACGUAUGAGAGGUCGUAUAUUCAGAGAUGGAUAGACUGUGGCAAUCUAACGUGCCCAAAGACCCAGCAGAAGCUUGAGAACUUUACGCUUACUCCAAACUAUGUUUUGAGAAACCUGAUCUCUCAGUGGUGCGCUAAGCACAACAUUGAGAAGCCGACGGUUUGUGUGAACGGGAGGACAAAAAACCGUGACGGAUCUUUCCAUGAUAUGGGCGGAGAUAUGUCAGCAGUUCGGGCAUUGGUUCGUAAGCUCUCCAGCCGAUCCAUUGAAGAUCGCAGAGCUGCUGUUUUGGAAAUCCGCUCUAUGUCAAAAAGGAGCACAGAUAAUCGUAUUUUAAUUGCAGAGGCAGGAGCCAUUCCGGUUUUGGUGAACCUCUUGACCUCAGACGAUGUGACAAUGCAGGAGAAUGCAGUCACUUGCAUUCUAAACCUCUCCAUAUAUGAAAACAACAAAGAGCUGAUAAUGCUUGCUGGUGCAGUCCCCUCCAUCGUGCAAGUCGUGAGGGGUGGAAGCAUGGAAGCCAGAGAAAACGCUGCAGCGACACUAUUUAGCCUUUCCUUGGCAGAUGAGAACAAGAUAAUAAUAGGUGCAUCAGGUGCGAUUCCGGCGCUUGUGGAUCUGCUCCAGAGCGGAAGUGCCAGAGGGAAGAAAGAUGCUGCGACAGCAUUGUUCAACCUCUGCAUUUAUCAAGGGAACAAAGGGAGGGCCGUGAGGGCAGGUAUCAUAACCGCACUGGUGAAGAUGCUAACAAACUCCAGCCACCGGAUGGUGGAUGAAGCUUUGACCAUACUCUCAGUGCUCGCCAGUAACCCAGACGCAAAGGCAGCAAUAGUGAAGGCAAAAACAAUACCUGCUUUGAUACAUCUUCUGCAAACAGACCAACCCCGCGACAGGGAAAACGCUGCAGCCAUAUUGCUGUCUCUGUGCAAGAGAGACCCCGAGAAUGUGAUAGUGAUAGGUAGACUGGGUGCUGUCUUGCCCUUGAUGGAUCUCUCGAGAAACGGCACAGCGAGGGCCAAGCGGAAAGCCACUUCUUUGUUAGAGCUUCUCCGCAAAUCAUCAUCUGAAUAGCUCUAAAAAGGUUCUCACUUACCUCAGGAGAAGUCUCUUUUGCUUUCCACUGGGGGGUCGAAAUCCAAUUGUGAUUAUUUGUUCCUUUUUAUGCCUCUGUAAAAAGAAGGGAAUUGAUUUGAUCCAUUUGAGAACCGAAA